AUGAAGCUUCUUCUCGUGGUUUUACUCGUCGUCUACUGUGCGGUUGGUUUGGAAGAUUUCGAACUGCUGCGAUUUGAAACGAAACUGACAACUUCACUCUAAACUUCAGGCCAUCCACCGGAAAGGCCGAGAUCCCACUGACGAAAUAGAUCGCCAACUGACGGCCUUCGAAAGAAGUUUCCAUGCGAAACGGUCUCAGAUUGUGAAUGACGUUUUCGUCGCCGCCGGGAAGCUCGAAAUCGCCGGCCAUACACCUCUUCAUGGAAUCGGUGACUAGUCAUCUCACACCGAAAUUACACUUUUUCGGAUACAAAGAGAAAAAACCAUCUUCUCAAGAGAUCGCUAAAGAGUUGCUAAAACCUUUCAAGUAAUUCUCAAAAGCCCCUUCUGGUUUCUGAGUUUUUCCAGCAGAUCGGAAUUUUCCAUGAAACAAGAAACCAUUCAGGGGAGAUCGAGCCCUAUGUCCGAAGAAUGCAUCAGCAACACUUUACCCUGAAGGUUCAGCUUCAGAAUGAUUGGCCUGCCAACGGAAAAAGGAAACUUUUCAGUUCACCAAGAGGCAGUCUUCAUUCGAUGCCGUGAAACGAGAGGUCAUCUUCUUUGGAUUCGUCGAUAUCGAAGGAGAAAAUUGGCCUAAGAAUAGUUCUGCGUACAAUGGAAUCGGCAAACUUGUGGGAUAUACAAACGUAAGAUUUUGAAAACUAGGAGUCAGCCAAAAACUUCUUUAGGUUCCUGAAAGAUGGCGAAUCAACGAGCUUUACCUGGGACACGCCCCUUACGUCCGCAAGCGCUUCCCUUUUUGA